UACAGCUGGCAAAGACGGGAAUUCCAUCCUUUGCCGCCCAAACCUGUCCGGACCUCCCCUGUUAAACAGAGAACGGUACCCUCCAGAUCACCGUCACCUGCUGUGUCACGAUCGCGCUCGCGCUCUCCUGAUUCUUACUACUCCCAUAUCUCUUCGCGAGGUCGUUCGCACUCAAGAUCGUUGUCUCCAAGAUCGCAGCAACAUAGCUAUAGUCCAGCCCGACGCCGUGGCCGGACACCUAUUGACAGGGGAAGAACCGACCGAGAGGCCAAAAGUUGGAAGUCAUGGUCUCCUGGGUCAUCUCAUCAUAGCUGGACCAUGCGUAGAGGGCGUCGACACAGCCUUUCGUCGGCCUCGUCUGUAAGCCGGAGUAGAAGCAGAAGUUCAAGCCGCAGUAUGGAUGACCGGCCCAGAGCCAAGCAUCGUCUACCUCCCGCCACCUCUAUCAAUGACAUAUCACUGUCCAUAUCACAAACCACUCUCCAACAACAACGUGGCGGUGUCCCCCCGCCUUCAAGGGACUCUGAAUUGCGGCCCAAUGGAAAAACGAAAACAAAUGGAAAACAGGCUAAUCGACGUCGACAUCUCUCGCCGGAAAAUGAGCGUUAUGCCGCCGAGCAAAUGCCUCCUCCAGCUAAAGUCCCACGAACGUCUACAAAACAUCCCUUCGACGAUUCUCCCAUCAGCCAACCGCCAUCAUCCGCGUCCGGUCGGGCUGAUUUUGAUUCUCCUAGAAUCCGAAAGACCUCGAAGGCAGGAUUUAGGCCCAUUGGGGAACCCAGUUCAACAGUGAAAUUGUUUUUCCCACGUGACGAAGAGGACGAUGAAUCUGGUCCCGCUCCUCAACAUAAGUCACCCGUGUCCCCUCAGAUUCAGUCAGAGGUACCUGCGAAGCGUUCUCGCGAUGAAGGCACAACCGAUAGAGAUGAAGAUUUCCGCGGAAGUGUCCUGUCGAGGUCUUUGCCGUCCCAACAAGUCCCUGGUCUGCGCGAGACCGUCCCAAAGAUCAAAUCUCUGGCCCCCCAGCCUAUGCAGGUUCCGCCUUCAUCUGUCCGUGACGCGCUGAAAGUUUCACUUGUGCCGAAGCCAGCAGGCAGUGGUGAUGUUUCCAUCAGUCCUAUGCAGCAGUCGCAUACAGUGGAGCCAGAGGCAGAGGGUACACCACGACCAUCCUCGCCGUCCGCAACGACUUGCAAGGACCUCUAUGCCAUUGUCUCCCAGGUUGGCGAAGGCACGUUUGGCAAGGUAUAUAAGGCUCGCAAUGUCAUCACCAAUGUCCACGUGGCGCUCAAGCGAAUUCGCAUGGAAGCAGAAAAGGAUGGCUUCCCAGUUACUGCCAUGCGGGAGAUCAAGCUACUGCAGUCCUUGCGACAUCAGAAUGUCGUCCGCCUUUACGAGAUGAUGGUAUCAAACGGAUCUGUGUAUAUGGUGUUCGAGUACAUGGACCAUGACCUUACGGGGGUUUUGUCUCAGACGCAGUUCUCGUUUUCAGAGGCCAAUCUGAAGUCCCUUUGCAGCCAAAUGCUUGCUGGGCUGGCAUAUCUGCAUCACAAAGGCGUCAUCCACCGUGAUAUUAAGGGUUCCAACAUUCUUAUCAACAACCGAGGGGAGCUGAAACUUGCCGACUUUGGUCUGGCACGCUUUUACCAGAAGCGCCGACGAAGUGAUUAUACCAAUCGUGUCAUCACUCUAUGGUAUCGACCACCUGAGUUGCUCUUUGGGGCUACGGUAUAUGGGCCUGAAGUGGAUAUGUGGAGUGCAGGCUGCAUCAUGCUAGAGCUUUUCACCAAGAAGCCAGUAUUCCAGGGGAAUGAUGAAAUCCAUCAGUUGGACGUGAUCUACCGUAUUCUUGGAACUCCUUCUACUGAGCGAUGGUCAGGGCUCACCGCACUGCCAUGGUAUGAGCUGGUGAAGCCAAAGGAUGUGAUCCAUGGUCAUUUCCGCGACCUAUUCUCCCGAUGGUUGUCGCCCGCAGCCCUCGACCUGGCAGAGCGGCUUCUUUCUUACGAUCCGACGCAGAGAGUCACUGCUGUCGAGGCUCUUGAAGCUCCCUACUUCAAAGAAGAGCAACCUCCACCUCAGUUGCCCGUUGACCUAUCCACUCUAGAAGGCGAAUGGCAUGAACUGGAGACCAAACGGGAGCGAGCGAAGAAGCGUCGUAAACUAGAAAAUGGGCUCUUGUAGCAUGUCUCAUCGGUAUGGUUGAUUAUAAUGUACUGGACACUGUAUGCAUGGCACCAACUACACAUCGUAGCGUACAAGAAUUGCA